AUGACAACUGCUGUUGCAAGUCCGAUCGCCGCCACUCCUGCCGUGACGGGCGGUCACGGCGCUGCCGCGCUCAGCCUCUACGAGGAGCACGAGCGGCUGACAAAGAGCAUCCAGAACCUUGAGCUCAAGACGAUGAUCUGCAGGACCGAGACGCACCACCUCAAGAAGGAGGAGAGCGCGGCGAAGCAGGAGGUGAAGCGGAUUCAGGCGGUGCCGCUCGUCCUUGGCAGCUUUGUAGAGGCCGUCGACGCCGGGCGUGGCAUCGUUGGUGGCAGCUCCAGCAGCAACUUCUACGUGCGCAUCCUCAGCACGCUGGACAAGGAGCAGCUGAAGCCGGGGGCGAGCGUCGGCCUGCACAAGGGCAGCAACGCGUGCGUGCAGCUUCUCCCCAACGAGACGGACUCCGCCAUUCACAUCUUGCAGAAGGAGGAGAAGCCGAGCGUGACGUACAGCGAGGUUGGCGGCCUCGAUAUGCAGAAGCAAGAGAUUCGAGAGGCGGUGGAGCUGCCGCUCACGCACGCGUCGCUCUACGACCAGAUCGGCAUCGACCCCCCGCGCGGCGUGCUGCUGUACGGCCCGCCCGGCACCGGCAAGACGAUGCUCGUCAAGGCGGUGGCGCACCACACAAAUGCCUCUUUCAUCAGCGUUGUCGGCUCCGAGUUCGUGCAGAAGUACCUUGGCGAGGGCCCGCGCAAGGUGCGCGACGUGUUCCGCCUGGCGCGUGAGAACGCGCCGUCGAUCAUCUUCAUCGACGAGGUCGACAGCAUCGCGACGAAGCGCUUCGACGCGCAGACGGGCGCCGAUCGCGAGGUGCAGCGUGUGCUGGUCGAGCUGCUCACGCAGAUGGACGGCUUCGACCAGACCACCAACGUGAAAGUCAUCAUGGCGACGAACCGCUGGGACACGCUCGACCCCGCGCUGCUGCGCCCCGGCCGGCUGGACCGCAAGAUCGAGUUCCCGUACCCCGACCGCCGGCAGAAGCGGCUCGUGUUUCAGGUGUGCACGAGCAAGAUGAACCUCUCGCCGGAGGUGGACCUCGAGGAGUUUGUCACACGCGCGGAGAAACUCACCGGCGCCGACAUCCGCGCCAUCUGCCAGGAGGCGGGCAUGCUCGCGGUGCGCAAGAACCGCUACGUCGUGCUGCCAAAGGACCUCGAGAGCGCGUACCGCACUGUCAUUCGCAAGAUGGGCGACGAGCGCUACGACUUCUACUCGUAG